UAAUGGACAAGUUAAUUAAUGAAUGGGUUUCAUUCCGGUUGUUGUUAACUGACUGUUGACGAAAGGUUGUUAUUGUUCUAGCCUUCGGACAAGUUUUUUAUUUUUCAAAUUUAUUGAUAAGCAGUCAUUCAUUCCAAAUCUCCUCGGGCUCGGUUCGUGACUGAUACAAAUCCAGAUAAACAUUUCCAAAAAUAUGGUACAGCAAUGGGAACUAACAGCGGAGGAAAUAAACGAAAUUGCAAAGGAAUUCAAACGAGUUGGUGAUAACACAUACCUAGAUCAUGCUGGUACCACUUUAUACAGUGAGCGUCAAGUGGAUGCGGCAUGUAAAAUUCUAAAGGAGAAUUUAUUUUGCAAUCCACAUACGUGCAAGAUAACAGGAGAUAUGGUUGAUCAAGUUCGUUACAGAAUUCUGCAACAUUUCAAUGCCGAUGCCAGUGAUUACAGUUGUAUUUUCACAGCCAACGCAACGGCAGCUCUUAAAUUGUUGGCUGAGACAUUUAAUUUUGGUGCCGAUGAUGACCAAGGAAAUUUUUAUUACUGCCAGGAGAACCAUACUUCAGUAUUAGGCAUGAGAGAGUUGGUGAAAACGAAAAAUCAAUUCGUCUUAACCAAAGAUGAACUAUUACUUAAUCUCAAUGAAUGCCGUGACAAAACAUUCCCUUCCAAGGAUGAGAAUGCCAAAUCGUUGGUAGUGUUCUCAGCCCAAUGUAAUUUCAGUGGUUAUAAAAUGCCUUUGGAACUGGUGUCAAAAAUUCAACAGCAUGGAUUAGUUAAUGAAGGUUUGCAGGUGGCUGGUCAAAAAAUAAAGGAAACGAAGAAGCCCAGUAAAUUUUAUGUUUGUUUGGAUGCAGCAGCAUUUGUGGGUACCAGUUAUUUGGAUUGUUCCAAAGUAAAACCAGAUUUCUUUUGUGUCUCGUUUUACAAAAUGUUUGGUUAUCCCACAGGUGUGGGAGCUCUCAUAGUCAGCAAAAGAGGCCAAGAAGCUUUGGAAAAACAUUAUUAUGGCGGCGGUACUGUUAAUAUUGCAAUGACACGAGAAAAUUUCCAUGAGAAACGUUCUGGCUUUAUAUCGCGUUUUGAGGAUGGUACCCUGCCAUUUCUAUCAAUUGUUUCUAUACUGGAAGGAUUUAAAACCGUGGAACGUUUAAUACCAUCUAGAGAGGGAAAGUCAACAAUUGAACGUAUUAGCUGUCAUGUUUUCCAGCUUGCCCAGUAUGCCUAUAGGAAAUUGUCCACCCUAAGGCAUAGUAAUGGUCAACCAUUAUUACAGUUUUAUAAUCAUAAUGGUUAUGAGGACAAACAAUACCAAGGAGGUGUUUUAACAUUCAACAUUUUGCGCAAGGAUGGAUCUUAUAUUGGUUUUGCUGAGGUUGCAUGCUUGGCAGCCGUACACAAUAUCCAAUUGAGGACAGGAUGUUUUUGUAAUCCUGGUGCCUGUCAAGGCUUUUUGCAGUUGAGCAAUGAUGAUAUACGCAAACAAUAUGAAUCAGGUCAUAUCUGCAGUGAUUAUAAUGAUCUGGUGGAUGGUGUGCCAACUGGUGCCGUACGUAUAUCCGUUGGUUAUAUGACUCGCAAAGAGGAUCUUGAUCAAGUUAUAGAAAUGAUAGAAAAAUGCUACCUAAGUACCGAGACAACAGAGAAACGUUUGGCUUUAAUUGAUGCCAGUCGAUUGCCAGCAGCUUUACAACAUAUUCCCGAAAGAUUAAAACCUCAGCUGAAAGAGGUGUGUAUAUAUCCCAUUAAAUCUUGCGGCAGCUUUAAAAUUCAAGAACCCUGGCCUUUGCAACCUACGGGUUUAGCAUAUGAUCGAAAUUGGAUGAUUGUGGAUGCUACGGGCAUGGCCAUCACACAAAAGCAUCAUUCUCGUUUGUGCCUUAUCAAGCCUGUGUUACUAUUACAAAAAGGACUAUUGGAAAUUAGUUUUCCUGGCAUGUCAUCUGUUUAUGUUCCCAUUGAUUUAGAGGAGCAGGAAAAUAAUGCUACUGUCAACUCUACCCUGUGUCAGAGUAAAGUCUGUAAUGACUUAGUCACAGGUUAUGACUGUGGCGAUGAAGUUGCCCAUUGGCUGGAGGACUGUUUGGAAACUCCAGGUCUACGCUUAAUUAAACAACACAAACAAAGAAAGUCACAAGAAGGCGGCACAAAAGAGAUAUCCUUAGCAAAUCAAGCACAAUUCCUUCUUAUCAAUCGUUCUUCCGUCCAGUGGUUGGCACAAAAAGUAACCAGCGAAAAGGAACCACUACAAAACACCAUAGAUCGUUUUCGGGCAAAUUUUGUCAUUGAAACGAGUAGUGCUUUUGAUGAAAAUGACAUGGAAAUGUUAAGCAUAGGCGAUACCACUUUUAAUGUUGAUGGUUUUUGUACUCGAUGUCAAAUGAUAUGCAUUGAUCAGCAUAGCGGUCAAAAGACAACAGAACCUUUGCGCACAAUAGCCCGAGAAUUUGAGGGUAAAAUACGUUUUGGCAUCUAUCUAUCGCUGCGUGAUGUUCCCAAGGAAGGAUCGUAUUUAUCACUGGAUGAAAAACUUAUUAUAACGAAAAAACAAACUAAAUAAAGAAAAAAUAUUUUUAUUAAAAA